CGCACCCGCCCGUUGCUUUUGCAUGCUGCGUGUCCGCGCCGAGGACACUUGUCUUCUCCCCAUAAACACACCAGCAAGCACGCCCGAGAAACCACAUGGAAAGCACGGAGCGGCAGCGAGUCUAGACUAGAGCGAGAAGCAGAGUGCCCCGGAAGCCUCCCCCACCCCAUUCCCCCCCUUUCUUCUCCCCGGCCCUUGUUAGUCCCGUCGCGCGAGGAGGGGCGCCGCCGCAUCCCCGCCCGGCCGCCGAAUCGACCGCGAGAGGCAACUUGCUAGUGCCUGUGCUCCUCAAGAGCAAGCCAUGGACAACUGCGCCGAUCAGAGCCUUGCGCAGAGGAGCAUUGGAUUCUUCAGGGUGCCUGGUCUCUUUGUGCGGCUGAGCAGCAAAGGCCUGAACGCAGUGGACCCUGAUUCAGUCUGGAGCCCAACCUCUCCUCUGGAUUUCAAGAACCUGCCGUCGUCAAACACUCUGGGCACCAAUCUCAAGCCCACUGGAUUGCUAGGCAUCGAGGCUGAUCUUCUGAAGCUCAGAACCGGCUCCCCGAGAGUCGGUCUCGGCCUUGUCGAUGCCCUCACCGCCGACGAGGGCUCGUUGCACUUUGGCGGCAAGAACUCGUUCCUUGAAUCCAUCAAGCCAUUUCUCGAGCUUGGGCUGCCAAAGGUGGCUGCCGAUGAUGCAUCGUCGUGUCAGAAGACCGGUUCGGUUGGCCUUGGCGCCGCCAUGAAGGAGAACACAGGCUUCGUUCAAUGUGAUUGUGAAGAUGAAGAGUACACCUGCGUGAUCGAGCACGGCCCGAACCCGAGGACGACGCACAUCCUGAAAGGCCAGACGGUGGAGGUGCCCAACGGCGUGCGUUCCAAGAGGCCGAUUUUCACCAUCGAGCCCAUCGAGGAGCCGUCAUGGCCGUCGAUGCCGGCUGCUGGUGCCGCCGCUUCUGGUUCGUGCUCCCACUGCAGGAAGCGGCUGCGAGAGGACAUGGAUACCUUCAUGUAUCUGGGCGAGUUGUUCUGCAGCAACGAGUGCAGGAAGUGCUGCAUGGAGGAGGAGAUAGACGAGGUGGAGGUGGAGCUCAUGGUGCUGGAUUCCGGCGGCUCCUCUGCUGAUCUGCAUUGGUGAAGAUUGCUUGAUGUUGCUAGUGGUGGUGGCGAGGAGGCGUUGCCCACAAAGCGUCUGUUCUUUCUUUAUUUUGGUUUGGAACUUGGUAGGACUCAGCAGCAGGGGAAGGGAGGGAGAAAAACGCUUCUCAUUCUGGUUUUUGUAUGAAUGGAGAGGUUUUGAUUUAGCCAGUGUCUGCCAUAGCGCAAUGGCUGGACCAUUUUCAUGGGUAUUGGGAGUAUUCCUUUUUGGCUGCAAGACUGGUAGAAAUACUCAGAUAUCGAUGUGCCAUAAUAUAUUAUAAUCAAUCAAUUAUAUCAAUUAUAUUA